AUGUGGUCCUUCAAGACCAGACCCGUGGCAACCCCUAUACUUGAAUCGAGCUACCCCUUGUCAAACACACCCAACAGUCGGCCCCGACAGAUCGCCUUCAUCAAUGAGACUGAGGUGUAUAUUCUCAAAAGUAGCGGACCCAAUAGUACCGAUAUCGAACGAACAACAUUGGAGACUCGAGCCACCGGUGUCGUGUACCAGGCAGCCGAUUCGGAACAGGUUGUUUCAAUCCUGCCCUCUCUGAGCCAGGAUACUCUAUGGUUUUCGCACGUUAACAAACCUGGUCAACCAAUCACCUACUCCUACAUCAACACCAUCUCCCCAGAUGAGGUUGAUAUUGUCCCCUUUACAUCGAGCCCUACUGCCGAUACCUACUGGGCUAAAGCUGCCCAAAUAUCUGAAGACGAGGUGAUAUUUGCCGUUUCCGUGAACCCCGAUGAAUAUGCUAACUUUCCCAAGCAUGUCCUUGUGUCUCUGACGAGAACUGGCGCUCUAUAUGCGAACAAAACCCUGCUCGCGAAGAAUUGCACAUCCUUUAUGACGACCCAAGCCCACAUCGUGUUUACCACCUCCCAACACCUUCUAAAAUUCGUUCAUUUGACUAUACCGGAAGGUGAGUAA